GGUGGUGACAACGGCAGACUUUGAUCCCCCUCUCUCUCCAUUCAUAUUCUUCAUAUUCAACUCUCUCUCUCUCUUCUCUUUCUCUCUCCUCGCCUUCGUCUUCUCCUUCUUCGAAACUCGUGAUCCCCCCUGGUUAACUUCUCCAGGAGAGAGAGAGAGAGAGAGAGAUCGCUCCCUCCUCCUCCUCCUCCAUCAUCUCCAAGCAGAUCCGCCUCUUCUCUCUCUUUCCCCGUUUGGUGGUGCUCGGGUUGCUUCUCCUUUCCAUUUUCAGCUAAGUCGCAAAUUCGUACACCGGAUGGUUACUGGGUAGUUGUCGGCCUCUCCGACGAUUUCUCCUGCUUUCCGUGCUUCCCCUGCGGCUCAAUUUGACAGCUUGCCGUUCGGGAGAGUGACUUGUAGUUGCGGAGUUUAGUUCGCAGAGACUAUAGAUUUGAUGCUGAUCGAGCUCUCCUGAGUUGCGGAAGUGGGUUUUCUCGAUCCGCUUCGAUCGUCGAAUUUUCUAUAGGAAAGCGCGUUGCUUGCCGUUGCCCUCGGACGAAAUGGGAGGGCUUUGUUCUAGGACCGCCGUUUCCAAGAGCAAUCCUUAUGCGAGCACCAAUGGGGGUUUCAAUCCUUACAACUAUAAGCCCGCUUCGGUUCACCAGUCGAGCGUGCGGAGCGAUUUGACUGCGUCGCAGAUGCGCGAGGUCAUGGUCAAGCCGUCGCAGGAAACCAAGCAGUCGCGGCGGGAACCGGCCUCCCCGACCCGUCAGGGGAGUGCGCCUCAAUAUGGGAACAAUGCCGAUGACUUCUAUGAUGGGAUUCCCAGAUACCAGAUGCAGAAGUCCAGAUCAGUUAGGUCCAUUGCCAAGGUUUCAGAGGUUAGCUCCCGUCUAGGUAGAGGGGCAGUGGAAGUCCUGGACAAUCUCACUAGUAGCAUGACGAAUUUGAAUCCUGGUAGUGGAUUUGCUUCUACAGUGGCAACUAAAGGAAAUGAACUCCAAAUAUUAUCUUUUGAGGUUGCAAACACUGUAGUCAAGGGGUCCAGUCUUAUGCAAUCCCUUUCGAAGAGAAGUACAAGACAUUUGAAGGAAGAGGUGCUUCCUUCAGAAGGUGUUCAGCAUCUAAUAUCUAAAGAUGUGGAUGAGCUCCUACGCAUUGUUGCAGCAGACAAGAGGGAAGAGUUGAAGAUUUUCUCAGGAGAGGUGGUUCGUUUUGGGAACCGCUGCAGAGAUCCUCAAUGGCAUAACUUAGACCGCUACUUUGAGAAGAUUAGCAGAGACUUAACUCCUCAAAAGCAAUUGAAGGAAGAGGCUGAAACGGUGAUGCAGCAACUGAUGACUUUAGUACAGUAUACUGCUGAGUUAUACCACGAACUGCAUUCAUUGGACAGGUUUGAGCAAGAUUAUCAUCGGAAGCGUCUUGAGGAAGAAAUUUCGAGUUCGACACAAAAAGGUGAUGGCCUCUCUAUUUUGAGAGGAGAACUUAAGAGCCAAAGGAAGCAAGUCAAAAAUUUAAAAAAGAAGUCACUGUGGUCCAGAAGCUUGGAGGAGGUGAUGGAAAAGCUUGUUGAUAUCGUUCAUUUUCUGCUUCUGGAAAUACAUAGUACUUUUGGGACUGCUGAUCAUUUUGCAGAUGCUCAUGUACCAGCAAAACCAUCCAUGAGCAAUAAAAAACUGGGACCGGCUGGCCUAUCCUUGCAUUAUGCAAAUAUUAUCAUCCAAAUUGAUACUCUUGUAGCUCGAUCCAGCUCUAUGCCGUCCAGUCUGAGGGAUUCUUUGUAUCAGAGUUUGCCUCCUAGUAUAAAGUCGUCUUUGCGCUCCAGAAUUCAUUCUUUUCAUGUCAAAGAAGAGAUCUCUGUUACAGACAUCAAAGCCGAGAUGGAGAAGACUCUGCAGUGGCUUGUUCCAAUUGCCACAAACACAGCGAAAGCUCAUCAUGGUUUUGGAUGGGUUGGUGAAUGGGCGAAUACUGGGUCUGAGGCAAACAGGAAGCCUACUGGACCUACAGACGUGAUUCGCAUUGAGACGCUCCACCAUGCUGAUAGGGAUAAAACUGAGACCUAUAUCCUUGAGCAACUUUUGUGGCUCCACCAUUUGGUUAGUAAAUCAAAGAACUCCGUAAACACUGGUGACACAAGGUCUCCCAUUAAAUCCCCAAACCAUCUGUCACUGGAGAAAUCGAGCAAUGAUGUUAAAGAUGAGUCUGCCAAAACCUGCUCUUCUUUACUGACUGCUGAAGACUUAAACAAGUUACAAGACAUAAGUAAGAGAAAACGACGGUUGGGAAUCAGUAAGAGCCAGGAUUUCGACGCCUUCAAGGCUAGGUUGAAGAAGCACGACAGACUGAGCAAGAGUACCAAUCAUUCCCCAGCUAGGGAGAGUAAGGAGUCACUUCCAAUGAAACGGCUCUCUUCAGGAAUUCCGGUUAUUGAUUUUGUUAUCGAUAAGCAAAAGGCCUUGGAUGUCAUUGAUAGAGUCAACGAAUUUAGGUGACCCAAGGGAAUCCACAUCCCUCUCGAUAAAGUAAUACACCAUAUAGGUAAAGACAUGGUCAUCCCACGUCAUGCUUUUGUCUACCAGUGUACAUAAGAAUUCAGAAAGGCAGCGAACCCCACAGCAUCCCUCGUAGAUGGAGGACUUCUUUUUAUACAUUCUGCUAUGAAGAAUUCAGGGAAUGUUCGCAGUCUCCGUUGUCACUCAAAAGUUCGUCCUACGACGUAGGGGCAACACAGGUAUGCUUUGGAAGCUGGAGAUAUGUGGGUGGGAGAAUAUGCAAGGGGAGGAGGUGAAUCACAGUGUAGUUUGAGAAGAUAGUGAAAAGAAUACGUGACAUUCUUUGGGCGUCUGUACAGAGAGUGGAGUCAUCCUGUUCAAAUUUUUCAUUAGGGGUGGAUGGAGUUGCUCUUUUUGGGGGCUGCGUCUGGAGUCCUUCACACUCUCCUCUGUCCUACUAUUGCGGUUUCUUUUCUUGUUACUUUCUUUUGUCCGUGUAAUUCUUUGUAUGUCGUUGAAUAUGUAAGCAUAUAGAACUCCAAGAACUCCAUUUGUGAACUAAAUACAACAUGCUCGAAAACUUUUGUCCUAAGUAUAUCGGUUGGAGUA